GGAGUACAACAAAUCAAGACAAUGAAGAUUCAAAUUUUCUCUUCAAAGGAACUUCUUGUACUGCGUUUCUUGUUGGCCCUGUACCUAGUGAGUUACACUGGCGCUCGUGAUCUUAAAAUCUCAAGGACUCUUACCCAAGAAGAUGGAGGUGGCGACUCUGAAGAUAAUUUAUUAGGAGACUGGCCGAAUAUUCCCGGAUUUCCUCUUCCGGGAUCAAAUCCGGGAGGAAUUCCGAAUAUUCCCGGGUUCCCUCUUCCGGGAACGCCUGAGAUUCCAUCGGAAUCAAACCCGCAAGGAAUCCCGAAUAUUCCGGGCUUCCCUUUUCCGAAUAUUCCAGGCAUUCCCGGCUUCGGGAUCCCGGGUAGUCCUCCACAAGAACCGGGCGCGGAUAUUCCGGAUUUCUCAUUUCCCGGGUCAGGAUUAGGGAUCCCUAAUUUCCCAUUUCCGGAUCUCCCAAUUCCACCUGAGGAUGCAUUUCAGUCCCUAAGUCCCACCGGCGAGCCCUUGAGCGGACUGUAGGCGGGGGGUUUGCCUUUAGGAAUGAGGAUUUUGCCUUAUCCACAAAUGUAAACUUUAAAAAGUAUUUUAAUUGUUUUUGAAAGUAUUUUCAAUAUCAAGAGUUGCGUUUCUCCGAAUUUUGGUUUUAUUAUUAUUUAAUUUAAUUAUCAUAUCGAUGAAUCAUCCGUAUCUUGUAAUUAUAAU